UCAAAGUACCUAAAUGGAAAACCAUGACAUUAAAGAUGAAUUUUGGAAGAAAAGUUCAAAGCUGGUCCCAGGAAGACCAAGCCAAGUAAAAGUCAACUGUUUUGAAAAUUCAAGUCCAAGCACAUACCCUGAUGACUUGGAAGUUGGUGUGAGAUGUUCACAUAAAGUUGUGGCGAAUUAUUUAGAUUGCAGCAUGUCUGAAAUUAUUUCAGUAGGUCCUGUAGCAGGUAUCAAUAAAGCAAAGAUUAACUUAAGUCAAAAUUUGAGCAAAGACUUGUUGGAAUUCCAGAUAUCAACGAUGUACAACAGUUGUGUGAAGUGUUCAGAUAAGCCAGAUGAGAAAGAUUUUGCCAUAGUUCAUAGUCAUUUGAAAAACAUCAAUGAUGAUGUUAGAGUUGAGAACAAAUUGACUAAGUUUCAACGUCUACUGGAGUAUAAACCUUUGGUUCUAAAAGAUGUUCAACUCCUCAGUUGGACUGGCAUUCCAAGAGAAUACCGACCAAUCGUGUGGCGACUGCUUGCUGGAUAUCUCCCUACUAACAUAGAGCAAAGACCAGCUAUCAUGGAGCAAAAAAGAAUCACCUAUUUGAACUUGGUGAAGCAAUAUUUUGCUAAAGACACUAUUGAUUCUUACCAUACCAUUUAUAAACAGAUACAAGUUGAUAUACCUCGAAUGAGUCCAGCAACAGUUUUGUUCCAACAGCAGACAGUGCAAGAAAUGUUCCAGAGAAUAUUGUUUGUUUGGGCAGUCCGUCAUCCCGGAUCAGGCUAUGUGCAAGGCAUGAACGAUCUUGUGACUCCUUUUUUCAUUGUUUUCCUACAAGAGUUUCUACCAGCUGAAGUUGAUAUAGAUACUUUCAAAGUGAACACUCUUUCAAAAGAACAACAUGACAUUGUGGAGGCUGAUUCUUUUUGGUGCUUUUCCAAAUUCAUCGACGCAAUCCAAGACAAUUAUGUUUUCGCACAAGUAGGAAUUCAACGUAGAGUGAACCAGAUGAAGGAGCUUGUUCAGAGGGUUGAUGAAAAUCUUCACAAGCACUUGCUAAAUAACGGGGUAGAUUAUUUGCAGUUUUCUCUACGUUGGAUGAACAAUAUGCUGACUCGUGAGAUUCCGCUGCAUUGUUCCAUCAGGUUGUGGGACACAUAUCUUGCAGAGUCUGAUAGCUUUGCUUCCUUCCACUCGUAUGUUUGUGCUGCGUUCCUACUCCUCUGGAAGGAAGAACUCAUCCAUAAGCAAGAUUUUCAAGAGCUGAUGAUAAUGCUGCAAAAUCUACCGACUCAAAACUGGACAGACUUGAAUAUUGAAAUGCUUCUCGCCGAAGCUUACAAGCUCAAGUUCUUAUUCUCUGAUGCUCCUAAUCAUCUUCAAAGUAACGGAUAGAUAACACUUUGUAUGUUUUGUACGUACCUUCCCUCAUCCCGGCUCGGAAGGCUGGUCCAUCGUAGUCGACAUAAUCAACUUUCACCAGAGAAUGAAUGUCACACACGUAAUGGCGUGUGUUAAGAGUGAAAGUGUUAACCAACACAGAUUUUUCCAAUCUGGGAUCGAUCGGUUCACGUAAGGUUUCC